UCCAGCUCCAUUCAACAUACACAGGCGAAUCCGUUUUACCGCAGCCGCUGCGAUUUGUUAUGUAGUUGCGACCUGCCGUAACACAUUAUAUUUCCCGUUGGGCCUCGUGGAGUUGGCAGUUCCAUCAGCUGCAUAAUGUUCAAGAAAUUUGAUGAAAAGGAAAAUGUUUCAAACUGCAUCCAGCUGAAAACAUCUGUUAUUAAAGGCAUUAAGAAUCAAUUGGUGGAUCAGUUCCCAACGAUUGAGCCAUGGUUGAACCAAAUCAUGCCAAAGAAGGACCCUGUAAAAAUAGUAAAAUGCCAUGAACAUAUAGAGAUCUUGACGGUUAAUGGAGAAUUACUGUUCUUUAGACAGAGGGAGGGACCAUUCUACCCCACCUUGCGAUUACUUCACAAAUAUCCUGUUAUCUUGCCACAUCAACAGGUUGAUAAAGGAGCAAUCAAGUUUGUGCUCAGUGGAGCCAAUAUCAUGUGUCCUGGUUUAACAUCCCCUGGAGCUAAGCUGUACCCAGCUGACACCGACACGAUAGUUGCUAUUAUGGCAGAAGGCAAGCAACAUGCCCUUUCUGUGGGAGUCAUGAAGAUGCCAGCAGAUAAAAUUGAACAAGUGAACAAAGGUAUUGGAAUUGAAAACAUGCAUUACUUAAAUGAUGGUCUCUGGCACAUGAAGACUUAUAAAUAACAACGGAAUUCAAGAUUAAUCUCUGAAGGAGAAAUGGACCGACAACUUCAAGACAUUAAGAUAUUUUGAAUAUUGAAUUUUAAAGAUUGUAUCUUUGUUUGUUUUCCAUAAACCUGACAUUACAGGAAAAAGGAAACAAUUUUUGUGUACAUCUGUUGGUAUUUUCUCCUUGUACAAGUCUGUUCAAAAUACAAAAGGAGUAGUAACCAUUUCAAAGGAUGGUGUAAAGCUAUUUCCAACAUAUAAAAUUUGACAACAACUUGACUUCCUUUGUGAAAUCAAAUCAAUGCAGAUUCCUUUAGCAUGUACAAUGGGUUUGUACAAACAUGAAUGCACAGUUGGAAUUUCUGAAUGUUUACUAAAUUAAUACCAAGAUGAUAUGAUGAACAUUUUUUAAAAAGAAAUUUCAGAUCUUUGCAUGUUGUAAUUCCAUCUUUGGAAGAGAAAGCUGUUUUUUGAUUUCACUUAGGAAUUCUCUUACCAAUUUCACCCCAUUCUAGGAAAAAAUGGUGAAUUCCUUCAUCCAUAUGAUAUUUGAUAGUAUGGCAUUACUUGGGAGUUGAAAAAUUUGAGCCUUGUUAACAUAUUGAAGCCAGGUAGAUACAAGUCUUCUGGUAAUGAUCUGGACUGGAGAAUAGGUGAAAAGGCUUGGAUUAGAUUUGUGACAUGAACUUUGAUGUAGAUUUAUUAAAAUACCAAAUGGACAAUA